ACGGCGGGUGACGAGGAUGCGAGGCAAGGUGCUCCUCCGCGCGUCCGAGUACCAGUGGAUCUCCCGCGUGAUGGUUCUGGAGGUGGGCUCUCUCUCCUUCUUCUGUCCCAAGUCCCAGUGCAGCUUGGAGUGCGUCCAACUGCGGGACGCUACGUGCGAGACGGUGGUCGUUUCAUCUGACCAUUUGCACUGCUUUCGCGUGAUCGAAGUGGACGGCGAACGCAAGACCACGAAUGAAUGGAUCAUCGACGUAUCCUCGUCCCAGGUCAAGCAAAAGUGGAUCUCCGCCGUCCAAACGAACAUUCUUGAGCUCAAACGGCAGCGCAGUCCCAUCACGGGCACUUCCACCUCAACCUCCUCCGCCGAGAGUAGCUCAACCACCCCUCUUCCUUCCGAUCACAACCCCGAUCGCAUUGACACUGCUCGUCGACUCAUUCACGACCUCCAAGCCCAGCGCGGCAGUGUUUUUCUCCGCGGCAAGGACGUGCUGGACAUCCUUCAGAAGCACAUCGGAUGCAAAUCGCGGACAGAAGCCGUGAUUCUGGGCAACACUCUCUUGAACGAAGGGUAUUUCAAGCACAUGGUGUCUCAGUACACCCUCCUUGACGACGACUGUCUGUUCGAGACAGUGUCCCCCACGCAGGUGAACCUCCAGAAGCAGUUCCAGACCAUGCCCGACGACGACGGCGACGAAGCCGAGCAGUCGCUGCAGAACCAGUCCAACGGGUACUACUGCCCCGAGCUGCACAACCUGUUCGUGAGCAUGCUGUCGGAGAUCGAGAUCGCGUACGUCGUGGACGACCCCCGACCGAGCGAAGACAUGUCGAUUUCAGGCGUGGAUCUGGACCGGAGUUCGCUAGCGUUUGACGCGGCCAAGGAACUCACGCUCAAGGAAUGCAUCUACGGGUCCGACGCCGUGGAGUGCCUCAUGAACGCCGGCCUGGUCAACGAAGACGCGGCGAUGGUGCUGGGCAACCAACUGCUGGCCCGCGGGUACUUCAGCCCCAUGGACAACGACACGGACAGCUUCGAAAAUGCCCGCAAGCGCUACGUGCUGUCGUCGUCGAUCACGCGGUCCGUGGCCCCCACGGCGGAAGAGACGCUCAUGGAGAUCCAGUGCCAAGAGGAAAAGUACCGCCAGGACCUCGUCACUUGCGACGACCUCAAAGUGCACGGCAUGCAGCUGCUCGCGCUGUCAUUCCUGGUGAUUCUACUCCUCGACAGCCUCCAGUCCAUGUCCAUCGGGCUCAAGUUCCUGCUCGUGGCGUUCUGCGUCGGCGGCAAGCUGUACUUCCACGACCCGCUCAUUGCGGCGGCGGCCCCAGCGCACCUCCCAACCAAGCUCACGGGGUCCCCUCCCAAGAAACCCAAGUCCAAGCGACCACCCCCAUCUGCAUCUUCCUUGGACCUUCCAUCCCCGUCCACCCUUCGGCAUCGCAAGUCCCCCGACGCCACAACUCCCACGACAACCACAUGGAGCGACUCCGACAGCCCCACGACUGUAGCCACCGCCGCCCCAGUCGUGACUCUGACCGCCGAGGAGCUGGCCCGAGUCGCAGCGUUCCGCACCAGGCUGCCCAUCACAGACGAAAAUGCAUUUCUGUUCACGGACGACUACAUGUCCAGCGUCCUGAACGUCCGCAACCGCACGAUGACGUAUGCGGCCGAGAAGCUGCAGCGGUGCAUCGCAUGGCGGCAGUCGUACGGGGCGGCCACGAUCACCAAGGACGAGAUAUUACCCCAACUGAACAACUGCUCGUUCUACUGGUGCGGAUAUGACUACCACAAUCGACCGAUCAUUUGGACCCGGCCGAAACUCAAGAAUUGGGCGAAGAUGGACACGGCGCUCGAAAUACGCGCGCACGUGUACAUGAUUGAGCUCGGCAUCAAGCACUUGAUGCCGCCGGGGGUCACAACAUUCACGCUGGUGACAGACUGUCGAGAUGUGGGGUACCGAGAAGUAGACAUCCGACUCAUGAAGGGGCUCAUGGAGGUGUGCUCGGGAAACUACCCCGACCGCAUCGGUGCCAUUUGCAUCGGGCCGCUUACGACGCUGGUCAAGACCCUCACGCGCAUGCUGUCGCCGCUGCUGCCCGUUCGAUUGCGUGAAAAGGCCAAGUUCAUGAAGAGUCCAGGGAAAGAACUGGAAGAGUUUAUGGCCCCACAGUACAUUCCCAAGUACAUGGGAGGGGAAGCUGAUCACCCGUUGAGCGACGUGGCUGGAGAGUUUGACUUUGAGUUUAUGGUCACUCAACAGCGGCGGCGACUGGACCAAUUGACACUUCAGUCGUGAAAUUAAACAUGUAAUAUCAACAUUGCCAUGUACGAACCAA